AUGCAUGUCCACCGAGCCCCAUCAGAGGAGCGCGAAAGCUGCCCCGACGACGACGACGUCAACCAUCCAGACUCACCCUCCACCUCCUCAACAACCCUCUUUGACUACGCCCACGAAGAAGAUGGGCUCCUGUCCAAAGAGUCUCUUCAGACCCUAAAGCAAGACUGGCCCACCAAUCUGAUUUCCCACUUCCGAACUCGCCGCCGCACUCUGCGUCGCAUCCUCCGCCGUCAGCCAGCCAAAGCCAUCCUUGUAGCCCUCAAAUGCACGCUUCUGGCACUCUGCAUCGUCCUCACCAUCACACCGCUCUUCUUCCCGUCCUACACACAUCCACCCAAGCACUACCACGCCCUCAAAUCACGCUGCCAAAGCCAAGGCCACAGCCACCCCUUACCAGGAUGCGCCAACGCCUUCGACGAAAACGUCUUCAUCAGCGUAAGCCUCUACGACCCCGCCGGCACGCUAGCGCGCAGCCUCUGGGCCGAUCGGCUGCUAGAAGUGAUCCGGCUGAUCGGCCCGGACCGCGUCUACCUAAGCAUCUACGAGAACGACAGCGGUCCCGAGGGCGCGUCGGCGCUCGAGAGCCUGAAGACGCGCCUGCGGUGCCGGUACAGCAUCGUCAACGACGCGCACGUCGACCCGGCCGACUUCCCGACGCUGACGCUGCCGGACGGGAGUUCGCGCGUCAAGAGGCUGGCGUACCUGUCCGAGCUGCGCAACCGUCCCCUGCGGCCGUUGGACCGAGUCGGCCCGGGCGGGGUGCUAAUGCGGUUUGAUAAGAUCUUGUUCUUGAACGAUGUUGCGUUCGAUCCGCCUGAUGCGGUGCAGUUGCUAUUCAGCACGAAUGUUGGACGCGAUGGGAGGGCGCAUUACCUGUCUGCGUGCGCGCUGGACUAUUAUCAGCCGUUCUUGUUCUACGACUUGUACGCGUCGCGCGACGCUGAGGGGUACUCUAUGGGCCUGCCCUUCUUCCCCCUCUUCUCCGGCGAGGGACCGGCAGCGUCGCGGGCAGCGAUGCUGGAUCAGCGGGACGCGGUCCCGGUCAAGUCCUGCUGGAGCGGCAUGGUCGCGAUGCAGGCGCAACACGUGCAGCAUCUGAACGCGUCGCUGCCGGACCCGCAGUUCCACGACAUAGGCCGGCACGUCAUCAACCCAAAGAAUCCCUCGAGCGUGAGUUCGCCCGUGCGAUUCCGGUACGAGCCGGAGCUGUUCUUCGAUGCGUGCGAGUGCUGCCUGUUUCAAGCGGACGUGGCUCGCGUGGCCCACACGGUGGGCGACGAGGACCAGGGCAUGUUCGUGAACCCUUAUGUGCGCGUCGCCUACAAGGAGAGCGUGCUGAGGUGGCUGUCAUGGGCCAGGAAGUGGGAGCGGUUGUUUGUAAUUCCGCAUGCGAUAGGGACGUCGCUUGCGUCGCUGCCGACGCACAACCCGCACCGCACCGUCAGGGAGGGCGAGCCGUUCACGGAGGAAGUGUGGAUGGGCGAGGGAAUGGCUGGGCGUUGGAGAUUAGUGCGGCACGUGGCUCGCAAUGGGAUGUUCUGCGGCGUCAGGGACUUCCAGACGCUCAGGCUUGGCACGCGAGAUGGCGACAUCAACUGGGAGAACAUCAAGAUUCCCACCGGCCAGACGCUGCACCAGCCCACCUGA